AUGCUCUACCGAUUCCGCGAGGCGCAAGCCGCCGAACUCGGUCUCGGUACGCGGGCAGACAGGCGGCCUAAAAUGGCGAGUGCGUGCAAGAGCUUGCGAGAGUGCGAACGAUGGCGGGGAGAAAUUUUGAGGGAGAUAAGCCGGAAGGUAUCCAAAAUACAAGAUUCCGGGUUGACGGAUUACGAAGUGCGAGAUCUGAACGACGAAAUCAACAAGUUAUUGAGGGAAAAGAGGCAUUGGGAAAAUCAAAUUAUUGCGCUGGGAGGCGCGAACUACAGGAGAAAUGUUGCGAUGCUAGAUGACGAUGGGAAGGAAGUACCGGGGACAAAAGGAUACAAAUACUUUGGCCGUGCGAAAGACCUUCCCGGCGUCCGUGAACUCUUCCAAAGCAGGAAAAAGGAAGAGGAAGAAGAAAGUGCUGCGUUUACUUAUUACAAGAAGUUCAUGAACCAGGGACCGGCGUACUAUGGCGACUUGGAUGAGACACAAGGUGUAGAUGGGGUAUUGGCAUAUGAGCAGAAGGUUGAGGAGACAGAAUGGAAAGAAGCGUACAAACGCGUACGAGAUACUUUGGGUCUCCCGCCCAAUGAACCGAUACCAGAAAUGCCACGUAGCGCCUCUGCGUCGACACAAAACCAGCCGUUAACACUUUCACCACAGCCAAACCCCUCGUCCCCACAAGCAAAACGGAAAACGUCCGACGGUGCAGAUACAGAUGCAGGGGUAGACGCUGGUGACCUAGGUACGAAAGGUACGGAGGGAACGCAAGCCAAGAGAUCCAAAACUGUCCCUUCAACGGUUUCCAUUGCCUCCAAUCCUACAUCUACGUCUGAUCCAGUGCAAGACACAAACAGAGCCCGCAUGGCGCUACACGCUCAGCUGGCUGCUUCGUACAUCCCGUUCCUCACCCCUGAAGCGCUGAUGCCGCCGACGUUGCCUACAAGAGCAGAAAUGGAAGAGGUGUUGCUGAAGUUGCGAAAGGAAGCGCUGGUACAGGAAUUUUUCGGUGCAGACCCGGAGGGUGUAGCGUGA